GACUGACCUUCUCUCUCCAUCUCCCUCCUCUCCCUCCUUCGAUAUUGAUAUAGUACAAUUAUAAUUCCAACCCACAAAUCCAUGCCCUGACCUCCAACAUAUAACCCACUCAACAUGCCCACCACAACCGACCACCCGCACCAGCAACGAAUCCCCAACCCCCGCCGCCUCCUCAUCCUCUCGCCCUCCUCGCACUCCCCCACCACCAUCCCUCCCUUCCUGCACGCCCUCACCGGAACCCCCGUCCUCGAGCCCCCGUCCACCGCCCCUGCGAACCCGUCCGCUCCCAGUUUCGCCGGCUACACGACCCAUCCGCCGCUGCAGAUCCGGAACAAGUAUUAUGUCGCGGAGGUGCCGGUCUGGGUGGAUGAGAUUGCGCUGGAGACGGACACACGCGGGCUGAAGAAUGAGGGCGAGAAGACGCAGUCCGAGUCCGAGUCCGAGUCGACCCUGGUCCCGUCGAUGUCGACGUCGACGUUAGACACAGGCGCAGAACCAGCACCAGCAACAGCAACAGAACCAAAGCAAGGACAAGAACAGGAACCCCUCACCACCCCCUCGCUCUGGAAAUCCGAGUUCUCGGGCCCCGAGGCCCAGGUCGUUCGCGACGCCGUCGGCGCUGUCGUCAUGUGUAUUCUGAACCCGGACCCGAGCAAGCGCGCCUCCUCGGCUUCCGGGCCAGAGACGGAGACAGAGGAGACACAAUCCCUGAAGGACUUCCUGCGCGCGAUCGGCGACGUGCGCGCGCUGAUCGAAGAGGAGAGAGGCGGGAUGGGCGACGUCCCGGGGUUAGUGGUUCUGGUUGGACCGCAGGGGAAGGCCGCGACGCAGACUCAGAGUCAGAGUCAGAAUACAGACACGGACACGGGCCUGGGUAUGGAUAUGGAUGUUGGGGAGGACGCAGACGAGCCGUUCUCUAUCCCCUGGUGGGAAGACCAGUUGUAUGAGAUGGGGAUGAUCGGGAUGGAGGUUGUGAGUUGGGAUCCGAAGGGUGGGAAGGAGAUGGAGGAGGUGAGGAAUCAAUUUGGAGAGUAUCAAGGCAUGCGGCGCAUUCGAGAAAUUCUCGAGACGCACGACUGGGCGCCGUCGUCGCUUUCCGACGACGAGGAGGACAAGGAUGACCCUGAGGGUGAUGAUAUCGAGAAGAUGCUGCUCGGGGCGGAGGACGAUACGGGCUUUGGGCUGGAGGUUGACGAGCUGGAGCGCGAGAUGGUGGGGUUGCGGUUUGCCAUUGAGCGGGGAGGAGGGAGUGGGAGGGAGGAUUCGCAGGAUGAAGGAGACGACGAGUUGAGGGUGGAUGCGGUCGAGGCGUUGAUGUUGCGCAUGGCUGCUAUUAGGGAUAUGAGUGACGACUUACCCGAGCAUGAACGCAAACGGUUCGCAGCGAAGGCUGUACGAGAUAUCAUGAAGGAGAUCUGAUUCAUAGUAUAUAGUGACCUGGAUAGCUAUUAUGAUUAACUGUACUACUAACUACGAUUAUCAUUAGUAUG